UUCUUGACGCUUAGUGUGUGUCGGACGGUCAUUAUUGUUGUGAGUGAUGAAUCGUCGUCGUGCCGCGUAAGUUUAUCAAUUUCCGGAAAAGAAGAGAAAUAUCCACGUGCACGAGCCGUGUUUUCUUCCACAUCGCGUGAAACGGAGUGCUCGACGAAGCGUUCGCCAACUAUCCGGAAGUUGCAUCUUCGAAAAAUGCAGAGGUCCACGGAAGAGCUGACGAGGUGCAGCACAAUCACAUUAACGGAAGAAGUCUUGGAAAACACCGGCGGUGCAACAGCGACUCCUACCGUGUCCGAGAAAAUCAUGAGUGUCUGCAGGAAAGCCAUACGCUGGAUAUACAUGUUGGAUGUGGCCCUGGUGUUGUCAGUAACUGUACUUCUGGGGAUUCUGGAAUUCAAUAUGAUACCGCAUCCGCGGAUCGGCUUCUUCUGCAAUGAUCCAAAGAUCUCGUUCAAGUUCACUGGCGACACGAUCCCCAUGAGUUUAUUGAUAAUUUUCAGCAUCUGUGUGCCGAUAAUAGUCAUGUGGAUCACGGAACACGUCUGCUAUCCUGCUGAUAGUUACAAGAACGUAUCGAAUCACGAAUGGACCAGAAAGAAGCAAAUUUGGUAUUGGUACAGUCAUUACUAUAUAGGGCUCGCUACGCUCACAUUCGUUUGUACGGUCAUGAAAGUCCUCAUCGGCGAGCCGCGGCCGCACUUUCUCGACACGUGCAAACCGCGCGAGGCAGCCAACUGCACCGAUGAAUAUAUCAGUUCCUACACGUGCACAAAUACUGAGUUAUCCGAUUGGUUUGUCAAGGAUUCCAGUAAGUCUUUUCCUUCCGGUCAUGCGGCCAUCUCCCUCUACAUGAGCAUCUUUUUAGUGUGGUACCUACAAAACCGUCUGCCGAAUCGGACGUUGUUUCUGAAACCGUGGCUGCAAUGCCUGAUGUCCAUGUGGGCCGUGAUGUGCUCGAUGACCAGAGUGAGCGACAACCGACACCACUGGUGGGACGUUCUCGCUGGCAACGCUCUCGGUUUUCUGUUUGGCCUCUUCAUCGUGCUGGUCUACUGCCGUCACUUCUGUCUCGGGCGUAUCGGCGCCGAUGUCGUCGCUGUCACGGAGACGACGCACACCUUUAACGAGCCCCUGGAGAACGGCCAGAUCGGCGGCUUCGAGAAACAGCGCAAGCACAGCGUCAAGAAGCUGCUCGAUCCCGCCGUCAUUGAUAUCUCGGAGGGCCGUGAGAUGAGAGACAUCCAGACGGUAAGGAAUUGGAAGGAAUAAGUAAACGCGAGAAACGUUUGAGCAAUUUGGGGAACAGGAAAGAGGGAGAAAAGGGGGGAAAGGGGGGGAAAUAAUAGACGCGAGAAAUACAAAAACUUUUGGGACAUUCCGACGAAUCGCUCUUAUCUUUGAGAAGAGAUUCUGUCUCAAAAACAAUGUCAGAAAUAGAUCUUUUACAAUUGUACCUGCUUCUUUUUUAAGUAGACUUGUACGAUAAACAGCACAGCAUGAGGAAUGACAUUAAAAUGAAGUGAUAAUAAAAAACAAGACUUUGCACAAUCGAUGCUCAAAUACAUAUCUUUUUGCAUUUUCUAAAAGGCAGGAAUUUCGGAGUAAGUGCCUUUGAGACAAUUGAUUUGAUCGAAGAGUACAAGCCACGGUAAUUUUUAAUUGGGAAGCUACAUUCGCGAAAAGAACCAUUGCACGUGCGAUUUAUAUUUAUGAUUCUAUUCUUAUAAACUGUUCAGUUCCAUGAAGCGAUCGAAUGUUUUUUGCAUAUUUAUUGAAGAAAUAUACAUAUCAGAGUCACGGGGACGUAUCAAAGUUCUGACAGAUCGUAAAGUGACGUUAAAAUCGAAAGAAUGCUCGUGACUACAAUUUAUUAUAACACAUUUUAUUGUAAUUAUCAAUCAACUUGCUCACUUUUGAUUUUUAACGUAAGGAACUUGAAACGAAUCAAUUUAUCGCUCGAAAUAAUUUUGAUGGUAAAAGACGAGUUAAUAACAGUGCAUACAAUCUAACAAGAUAUAUUUCGUCUCGUCGAUGCUGAGAUUUCUCUCUUGAUGCCUCAAAUGCUUUGCUCGAACUUAUCAAUAAUUUACACUUAUGCUCCCGCAGCGAUUACAUUAUUUAAGUAUUCUCUCGCUUUAACCUUCUGAUGCACUUUGAAUGUCAAAAUAAAGAUGAGCCGCGUACAAAUUUCAAUUUCGUUUUAAUUUACACUAUAUUGCAUGUAAUUUUUAGAAAUUUUAGAAUUAGAUUAGAAUGGCAUCAGAGAUGAUUAAAUCGAAAGAAUAGUUGAAAAAUAAAUUUUAUCCGGAAUUAAUUUAUUUGUCUAAUAUUUAAGAUUACUUUUUUAGGUAUGUAUUAACAAUAUUUCAUUUACAUU